AUGUCUCCGGAUCUAAACACCGUGCCACGUUCUCCUCGAAGCUCUUCGACCUCACAGGGAGCGUCCGCAGCACCCCCACCAUCAUCAGCAGCAGCACCAGUGUGGCCUCAAUCGGCUUCGAGAAGAACCUCCACCCAAAUGUUACCUCCUCCCCUACCUGUCAAUGGCAGCCUACCUAGUUCUCCGCGUCCUGCUCAGGCUACACUGGGGGACAACACAGGAGUGGGCAUCGGACCAGGCCCUAUAAGACAUCCCAGACCUCUAACAGCGGCCGAGCUACAUCUUGAGCUUGAGAAGGAGCAGGAAAGCAUCGUGAACCGUCUCACUCGCGAACUCUCCGCUCUAAGAGCACAAACAGCGUCCGUGGCCUCGACUACUUCGUCCACUUCUGAUCACUUCUUCUCUUCCAGUGACCCAUAUACGUCCACCACAGGGACUGCCACCACCAUCAUCCCGACAUCAGCUCGACGCCACCGCUCUUCCUCAAAUCUGUCCACACGAUCCGCCAGAUCCAUUCGAGAAAGUCUCGCCAAUGCCACAAACACCAGCGUUUCUGGAGUGGCUGCUCCUCGAGACCAGAGCGUCCAGGCGAGCAGCAGACCCAGCAUGGAACUUAGCAGACCAGACAUGAGCCGACAAAACUCCACAUCUGCGUCGGGUUUCCGCUCUUCGUCUCUCACGUCUUCCCCGCAUGUUAGCCAGGGUGCAUAUAGCGCAUACACGUCCUAUCCACAUCGAAGUUCUGUAUCUUCCAAUCCAAACACGCACCCUGCUCAGACGUCCAGCUCUGAAUCCGCCCCGACAUCCGCCUAUCCUCGCAGCCCGAACUCAGGCGCCGCGGUUGCAGCAGCCAGGUACGAGGAAGCAUCACUUCAACGUGCCGAAUUGGAAGCUGUCAAGAGAGAAAACGAACAGCUUCGAGCUCGGGUCAAGGAACUGGAGAGAAGUCUGCAGAGAUCCAACGAACAGUCCACCGGUCUAGUGACACCCACACCCUCAUGA